AGUUGCAACAUCGCAGCUCCAGCUUGUGUCCGUACUGCAGUACGGUUCAAGCCAGCGGAGACUUUGGAGUUUUUAACCUGGAGCGACAGCUUUGGAGUAUCUAUGCAUCUGAACAAGUCGGAAAAGGAAAUGCGCAUUUUCCUGCUUCAGGAUUAGCAGAUGCUCACAUGGAGUCAAGGGUCCCUCACCACAUUCCCGGAGUCUCCACAUCCGUCAUGGUGCAGCCCCUGCUGAACGGCUACGGGCGGCUGCAGCCCCCACUCUCCAUCUUCCCCAUCGACCAGAUUAAAUCUACUCGCGUUGAGAACGACUAUAUUGACUGCCCCGCUGUGGUGUCACGACAGCCUCCUGGGCAGAAAGGGGCGAGGGCGCCGCCGGACUGCCUGCCGCGCUGUGAGCCCCGUGACGUCACGCACCCCUGGAUCUCCUUUGGGGGCCGGCCAGGCUCCAUCAGCAGCUGCAGCAGUGGUAGCACCUCCUCUGAUCAGAGGCUGCUGGACCACGCCGCUCCUCCGCCCACAGCUGGGCCUGCCUCCGGCUCGCCCCGCUUCACCAGCCCGCAGCCCCCCAAGGCCACGGGGGUCGUGGACGGACACACGCCGCCCUGUCUCCACUGUGGCAGGUGCCGCUGCACGGAGUGCACCCUGCCCAGGACGCUGCCCUCCUGCUGGGUGUGCAACCAGGAAUGUGUGUGCUCAGCCCAGACUGUGGUGGACGGCGCCACCUGUAUGUGCCUCGUCAAAGGUGUCCUCUACCACUGCACUGAUGAUGAGGAUGACGAGGGAUCCUGCGCCGAGCGGCCCUGCGCCUGCUCCGGGUCCCACUGCUGCGUCCGCUGGACCUUCAUGUCCGCCCUGUCUCUGGUACUGCCCUGCCUGCUUUGCUACCCGCCAGCCACUGGCUGUGCCAAGCUCUCGCAGAAGUGCUACGACCGUGCCAGCCGGCCCGGGUGCCGCUGCAGGCAUCCGCCCGCCUGUAAGGGCACCGAGGAGGACGGCGUGGGGGGUGGUGUGGACAAGCGGCUCUCCUGAUAGGCCGAACCCAGCCAGCUCCAGCCGUGGAGGCUCUAAGGAGAUCAGCUGCAGGACGCAGUCUGCAGCUGAGAUUAUGGUACUUAAGAGGGUUUGUUGACCUUCUCCUCGUAUGACUGAACUCUAGACGCCCUCCAACAGUGCAUGGCGGUCAACGGUCAGCAUGUGACCAAGAUGGCAGUAACCUAGCGACGACAGCGAAGUCCCUGCAGUCUGUCACUCUGCUCUCUCCACAACGCUGCACUCUCUCUGCCUGCAGAUGCGGUUGUUUUCAUAGUCCAGCUAAAUGUGUUAAAGGACCUUGCACAGAGCAGCCAUGCUGGCUUGCUGGCUGGGGAUUGGGCUGACUUCCAUAGAGCAGACAACACAAACGGUACCAAUUAACAUUUGUCCACUCUGUACACCCCCGGUCCAAAUGUUAUUCUGAUAAUCCAGCUUCCCCUUUCAGAAGAGAGUUGAAUUUCACAUGAACAAUGUAGGAGUGUUUAUUGGCCUUUAUUUGAAUAUAGAAAAUGUUCUAUGAGACACGGAUAUCUGAUUCCAAUUUAACACAGUUCAGCAUGUCUGCGACGUUCAGUCGUGAUGCACCUAGAACGUAUGGUGAAGCAGGAACGCAAGUCGCUGUAGGGAAAGACCUCAGGGAGACCUCACUCACUUCCAGCACACGGAAAAAUGUGUGCAGGCGCGCUGCUUUGCUACUCUUCCUGAGCAGAUAACACGCCUUCACUCCCCCGUCGUUUCCAAGGGGGGGGGGGGACAUGAGAAUUGCAACAUGUCAGCGGAAAAUGCUGUGUUCAUGGAUUUCAAGCAUCCGAUUCAAGGAAAAAGGGGGGAAAAAAAACAUAGCGAGACUUGCACAAGCCCUGUCGGUUGUUCUCUUUCUUUAUGAUCAAGCAAACCCUACAUGUAAACAUGGGGACAGUAUUACAAAGGACCUCAGUUAACAUCAGUCAUUGAUCUCCCCUUACGUUCAUCACACGCCGUCUCUAUUUUGAGCAUAGUCUGCAAUGUGCUGCUGUUGACCUCUUAAUGUUGUAAAGGAUAUAGUCUUAUUGUAAAUACUUAAGGUUUUCCCAUAAGAUCUGUUUUAGUGAUAUUAUGGUACUCCAGGGCUUCAGCCAAAGGAGUAUAGAGUGCUAUCUUAAAUUUUAUUUCUCUCUUUGUGUUGUGCACUCAAACUGACCGGAAGAGCUCGGGACACGGCAUCCCUACCUUCAUGCACAGAAGCUGUUCUCUCCGCCCCACCUUUGUCUGUGACUUAUCCUGGUAUUUGCUGCACAAAUAUGUAAACCUCUGUGUGCUCAGCUCACGAACGGCUGCCACCCAUCGGGGUCGCCCUAAGGAAGAUGACAAACGGACGGUCGUGGCAGUAGUGGGGGCCUGUUUCCAUGUACAUGUGGUGGCGCCGUCCUGUAGGAAAAUCCUACGUGGUACUUGAGUACGGUCGAGGAUAGGGAGCUCGAUGGAGGACAGAGCAGUAGCCACCGAUUUUUCUUUGAAUACUUUUCUUGUUCAUUAGAAAUACCUCUCGUACAUGCAAUUGAUGCCUCGUUGCAAAGACGGAGGCUACGCUCUGACUUGGUCAGAUGGCUUUAGUUCCAUUUGGUUCCAUCAAACUUGACUCUUAUUCCCCUUAUUCCAAGACCAAUUGACAAAUACGAAAAAAUAAAUAAAUUAUGAAGAUCCCAGAUUCCCUGACUUUCAAUGGGGGAAAAAGAGCUUUCAUCCAUUUUGGUAAUGAAGAGCUGUUUCUUUCCCCACCUGGCCUGGUAAACGCACAUGUGACCGCAAGCCCCACUGUAACUGUAGUCUUAUUAAUUGCCCAAUUAACCAAUUAACAUUUUGCUCCCACGGAGACAUUGCCUGAAUCUGACGGUCAUUCCAUACUUGUCUGACAUCAUAUCCUGUGGAUAGUUAUAUAACCCCUAACCCUCUGUUCACACCGAUGGCUUCAUGUACACUCUCUGUGCCAUUUAAAUGUUGAGAAAAUAAUCUAUAUUAGUUUUUUUGUCACGUUUAAGAAACUCACAAUUUCCCUUUAUAGAAAUAUUUAUUUUGAAGUUCUAUUUUAUAUAGUAUUUAUUUUAAUUGCUUUUUUGUUUGUGAUGAAGAGUUUUAAAAGCCUUGUCAAAACAGAAUGUACAUUGAAAUUAAAUAUAUAUAUUGUUAAACAUAA